CUGUCAAUGCCAUUUAGAUAAUAUAAAAAAAUCUGAGGUUACACGUUUUGUAAAAAUUGAAACAGUAUUUUUUCUAUUAAUUCUUAUGAUAUUUCAAAGCUCUACUUAGAAAAGUUACGUUGCUAGCUAGUGAAAUUGUAAAAGGAAUAAUACCGCUUACUAUGUUGAAGUUGAACGGAUUCAGUUCGAAAAUUAGUGUAAUUUUAAAUAAAAUCUCUUUACCUCCGCUGACGACAUCGGCGAGGUUCGUCUACACAAAACAUGAUCUAUCCAAAGUUCUGAAAUGUCAAGAAAGGGCUGAUUGUUGCUGCUUAGCUAAAAGGACGUCGCAUUCGGAUCUACCAAAGCCGGAUUUCGACAAGUACAGGCGUCCUUCUACGGAAGAACCGGACGACUGCUCCAGUGAAAGUUCGUACCACAGGCGUAUCAGCAGUUACAUGCCGGUCGCUGUCAUGUUCACGGCUGGGAUGUACGCGGCGAAAACGGCCGGUACGAUGUUCUUGACUUCGAUGAACCCAAGUGCCGACGUCCUCGCGAUGGCUCAGCUUGAGCUCAAACUCAACAACAUUGCACCAGGUCAAAUGCUGACCACGAAGUGGAGAGGAAAACCUUUGUUUGUACGGCACAGGCUGCCCGAAGAGUGGAACAAAGAAAGGGCGGUGCCGCUCUCUAUGCUAAGAGAUCCGGAAAAAGACGAGGAUAGGACUAAAAAGCCCGAAUGGCUAGUCGUUAUUGGCGUCUGCACACAUCUCGGGUGCGUGCCCAUAUCAAACGCAGGAGAUUACAACGCAUUUUACUGUCCGUGUCAUGGCUCUCACUAUGACUACUCCGGAAGAAUAAGAAAAGGACCGGCGCCGACAAAUUUGGAAGUGCCAAAAUACGAAUUUGUCAGUGAGAACGAAAUACUCGUCGGAUAAAACUAAAUUCAACUAUUUGGUUUCCUUGUUGAAGUUUAAAAAUAAGGUAUAAAUUAGUAUCAGCUAGGUGUUUUCUUCCCGCCUGCAAAAACACCAGUAUCAACCGGCACAAAUGUAAUUUGAAAUAAACUUUUUUUUUUAUAAAGUCGUUUUUCAAAGAGGAUUUGGCAUCGAACGAAAUAAUAACGCCUAGCUUCGGUAGAUUGCCAUAAAUGGAUUAACGCCUCGGUCAAAGUUGUAAGCUGUCCACAAAACCGGGAUCGCCGGGGGCUGCGGUCAGCGGAAAAUUGCAAGGGCCGGCCAAUGUAAUUAUACACCUCCUAAUUAACUUUACCACGGUCAAAGCAAACAAUGCAUGUUAUGUCAUGGUCGGGACAAGAUUGUUUUUCGCCCAUCGAGGAAUUUGGACUAAUAACGGCGAGUAACUUUCACUCCGAAUUCGCAGUUUAAAAAAAUAUAUCUAUUAAAAGUAA